CAAAGUGUAGUCGUUUUUUUUUAGGGUCGUUUCCCAUCUUCCUACACUUUGGUCCCUAUUAUGAAGCCUUUCAAGUUUCUAUCACAAAUUCUUCAUCGGAUAUAAAGAUCUAUCUUCGCUCGAAUGAAAGCUGCUCGAAUUUCCAUAUUUUUUUGCUAUAGUGGCGUUAUUUAGUUAUUUGCGCAUUGUCCGUGAUCUACUAUACUCAUUAGAAAUUUUUGACGAAUUAAUUGGCUCUGAUAAGAUUCAGAUAGGAAAGUGGGAAAGCUAUUAAAGCCAAUAAACGGUAAAACCAGUAAACCUCUAGAUUAUGCACGGUGCUAUUCAUAUUUAUCCCAGUAUGCUCUUGCAAUUUAACUGAAACAGUGCAAACUUGAAUUCCGACCAGUUUUUACAGUUAAUGUGCAACAGGUGAUAAUUUGAAUGAGAUGAAUACCACGGGAAACGAAACUUUAGAGAGAAUACAGAGGGAAAUCAAGGAAAAUUUGGAGAAAGAAGAGGAAUGGAAACGAGAUUUGGAAAGAGUAUCUAAUAAUAACAUGGAGAAUAACAAUUCACAAAGUAAAAAUAACAAUGUUCCUAAAGUGAAUGGUAUGUUGAAAAGACAAGUUUCCGAAACUAGUGAUAAGCGAAGUUUUUCAUCUCAAAAUGUGAAUAAAUUCAUACAAAACGUGAAGGUUAAAGGUGUGAUGCAUAGAUUCUUGAAAUCUAAAGGAAAAUUAACAGCCUCGACACCGUCACUCAAUGGAAACCUUCAACCAAAUGGUACUGUUCCUGAUUUUACCUACCAGCCUCCAAGGGUGACCUCUGAAACUGGCACCCUCAGCCGAAAUGGCUUUGUACCGGCAGAGGUGAAAAUGAGAAAUGAAGUGCAGGAAUUCCAGAAACGAGAAAUAGAACUGAGAAAAGAAAGAAGGAAGUCUCAACCGGAAUUGAUGGCACUUUUGAAACUAGAGGAUGAAGAUGUAACCAAGGAUGAAAGCUACCCUGAAUUUUCAUGUUCAAGUUCUACAUCUUCAGCUUCGGAGAUGAAAUCAGCCAGAUCAUUGGCAGAUCUGUGCAAUACACCAGAGGAGGAUUUAGAUGCUCCUGGCACUUACAACCUGAUAAAACAGUUUGAGAAUCUUAAAAGAAUACAGUAGUUUUCUGAGUUUAGGACAAUUGAUAUUUCGAAGAAUGAGUUUUAUUUAAUUCUGGAAACACACUUCAAGUUUAUUAUUUCAUGAUGUAAAUAGCCAAUGCUGUACUUAAGUCAGGUUUGUGCCAAUAAUUUAUUUUAUUUAUUUUUAGUUAUAAUCUAAAUGGAAUUUUAUAUUGGUUUUUGGGGUUUUAGCUAUUGGAAUUGUUGAAAUAUUCAAUUUUAUUUCAAAACAAGGAAUUUCUUUCCUAUUUUAAACAAAUCACUAUAUUAAGAAGGUGCUAUCAAAAAUGUGUUAGAAAUUGAUGAGACUGCAUGUAAUGUGACCUGCCAAUUAGCUGAGGAAAUUAAGAGAAAGUUGUUAAAUUGAACCUAUUUGAACUUGGAAAUCACAUUAAUUAAAUAUUUAUCUAAAUUUUUAGGUAUAGAAUGUCGGUACAAGUGAUUUGCAGCUAAUUGAAAUAAUUAAGAAGUAUUUAUAUAUUAACUUUUGAAACCAUAUGUAUAUUCUGAAUUUUCACUACAAAAUUGAGGCUGCUGUAUUUUAUCAUAUAUUUCAGAUAAUGUUUGUCUGCCCAUAGAAUUCAAGUAUUGUAUCUACUUAAUUAAGUUUCGGAAUGCUAGAUUUAUUUAAGUAUUAUCAGUUGAAACAUUCCACUUGCCAAGCACGUUCCUUCCAAUGAUAGUACCCGUGAUAUUUUCAUAUUUUUACACUGUUCAAAUUGCCAUUUAUGUAAAAUUGUUUGAUGGGAAAUUUUAUUGUAAUCAAAAUACCUAUAUUUUCAGAAAUAAACUGUUUGGAUUUGAAA